AUGGCGGAGUCUGCUAUUGAACGUGCUAUUGAACGUGCUAUUGAAACUGUGCGUGUUAUCAAAUCAGCUUUUGGGCGAAAAUUGGUUUUCGCUUCUGAAUUUUCCACGAGAAAAUGUAUCCUUGAAGAAUAUCCAUAUUUUUAUAUAUUGUGCAAUAAGAAAAGAGGACUCUUCUGUGACUUCUGCCUCAAACAGAGGUCUGAUCUUCAGAGGUGUUCCAGUUGCAAGUAUGUGAGGUACUGCAGUAGACAGUGUCAGAAAGCAGACUGGUCAAGAUGUCACAAGCAAGACUGCAAAACACUGAAGAGGAUACAUCCAAGGGUACCUCCGGACCUGGCUCAGCUCCUUUCCCAGAUCAUCCGAAGGCAAAAUAAACCCCCUCCUCUGGACGACGAGGAUCACUUCCCAACCUCCCUUGAUCAGCUGGAAUCCCACCAUGAUAAGUUGAGCGAUGCAAGAAAGGAUCACUUUCAGAGUUUGUUGUUUGUCUUGAACCAGUGCAUGGACGGGGCAGUCUUGCCAGAGCCGAGCAGCCUGUUGAAGAUGUUUGGGGCCAUCAUCUGCAAUAGCUUCUCAAUAUGUGAUAAUGAUCUGAAUGGAAUAGCGGUUGGUAUUUAUCUGAGAGCAUCAAUGUUAAAUCAUUCUUGUAAUCCUAACUGUCUAGUGGUAUUUGAUGGGAGAAAACUUCAACUUAGGACUGUCAAAGAUGUCAAAGAAGGAGAAGAGUGUACAAUCAGCUAUGUUGACAUCAUGGACCCAGUUAAAGAGAGGCAGUCUGAACUAGAGGAAAGAUAUCACUUCACCUGCAACUGUGUGAAAUGUGUGGAUGAAAUAAAGUCGUCAGAGCCAGGUGAUGGUUUGGAUGAAAGAGUUGAGGGCCUGAAGAAAUCCUUGGAGACAAUACAAGAUGCAGAGAAAUCACAAGAUUGGUGUAAAGUGUUGCUGCUGUGUGAGCCAUACCUGAAGCCUAUGGACACCAGUCAGGGUCUUCCAGCAAAUCAUCAUCUUCUGGUGAAGCUGAGAGAUAAAGCAUUUGAUGCUUGUAUAGACACGCAAGCAUGGGAGAAGGCUGCCAUGGUCGGAAAACUAAAUACAGAACCAUACAGACAUCACUAUGGACCAUACCACCCCAGUCUCGGUAUUCACCUCCUGAAGAUGGGAAAGCUGCUGCUAUAUCUUGAAAGACUCCAAGAAGCAAGGAAAUAUCUUACAGAGGCCGAGAAUGUUUUGGAGGUAACGCAUGGCCCACAACAUACACUGAUGUUAACUCUAGUACAAGAACUCCUAUGUAGUUGCAGGUGAUGAGAGUGGUUAAUCACUCUCCUGAAGGUCCGAUCUUCUGCCUAUAUCCUUGUUAACCAUUAAGUUAUCCUACAACAUUCCAGUGAGAGAUUAACUUCCUGUAGGCUGUGAGAGUUCACGAGGUAAUACAUGGCCCACAACAUACCCUGAUGUUAACCGUAGUUAAAAAACUCCUAUGUAGUUGCAGGUGAUCAUCAUCAUCAUCCGUUUAAGUACAGUCCACCAGGUUGGUGAUGAGAGUGGUUAACCACCUUCCUGAAUGUCACAUCUGCCUAUAAUUAACUCAUGAUUAAAAAAAUACGAUUUCCAGAAAAAAUUCCAUCUCCGUAGAUGCCAUCGAGGUAUGGAUUUACUCUAGGCUGAGAGGGUUCUUGAGGUAACGAAUGACUCUCAACAUACCCUGAUGAUAACCUUAGUGCAAAAACUACUCUGUGGUUGCAGGUGAUGAAAGUUCGGCUAACUAUCUUCAUAAAGAUUACAUCUUUAUCUUUGAUAACCAAUUCUACCCCCUUUGAUGCAAACAGGAGAUCAAUUUCCAUUGAUAAUAAAAGUUUCAUCAAAUAGGGGUACUUGAGUUAUACAUGUAUUUCUGUAAUACAAAAUAAAGUUUCAGAGCAUAAACUACUAGUAAUGCCUUUUGAAAACUUAAAGGACAAGUCCACCCCAACAAAAACUUGAUUUGAAUAAAAAGAGAAAAAUUCAACAAGCACAAC